UUGCAAUGCUGUAAUUCAUGCAAACCUCAGGGCGACAUUGGUGAGAAGGUUAUAUGGCCUGCCUCUGUGUCUUUAAAGGUUGUAUAUUAACAACUUGGAUGUGGCAGGUGAGCGGCCACAUAAAGGAACAGAGGAAGUGUGAAUAGGAGAAGCGAACGACCCAGAGGAGAAAAACAGACAAGGACUUGGGUGCUGGGGUUUUUGUUUGAGUGAAGUGAAGCGAGGGAACGUGGUACAGAGCGGACAACACUUCAUUUCUGGAGUUUGCUACGGAAAUUUAGAGGAACUUCUUGGAGUUUUUCGGUGACUUUAUUGCACAUUGGACGCACUGGGCUGUGGAUCAGGAGAAGAGACUGAAACAACUUUACCAUUUUGAGCUCAAAAACAUGAAUAAAGGGCCGAAAAUGGCCCCGGCUGGUUGGUGGUUGUGUUUGUGCGCCUUGGGGAUUCUUGCUGCUCCGUGUCGAGGGAUCGGACGUUGUUUGAAUGGGAUUACAAUCAAUGUGAUCCUGCUGGAUGAUGAGGAGUCUCCCUGGAGCCUGAAGUUUGUAAGAGGAGAAAUACUGGAGGCCAUAGAGAUAGAUUCAGCCAUCAAUACUGCAGAAGGUAUGAAGUUUAAUCUUACGCCAAACUUUGGCGGGUUCAACACAACCUUGUAUCGACAUCGAGGCUGCCAGAGUAGCACGUGUGAGGGAGUGGAUGAGCUAAAAAACCUAAUGUAUUCAGGCAACCUGGGAUGUGCCGUGCUCGGGCCUACCUGCACCUACGCUAGCUUCCAGAUGGUUGAUGUGGAAAAAGGUCUGAAGCUCAGAACACCCAUCAUCUCCGCAGGAAGCUUCGGUCUGUCCUGCGACUACACACUCAACCUGCAGCGCCUCCUGCCGCCGGCACGCAAGAUCUCUGACUUCUUCAUUCAAUUCUGGAAAGAGAGCAACAGGAUCAAACCCGCGUGGGAGACAGCCUAUGUUUACAAGAAGCAGAGCAACAGCGAGGACUGCUUCUGGUAUAUAAAUGCACUGGAUGCAGACUCGAGCAAGUUUGCCCAAAACAUCAGUAGAACGGUGCUGCGCAACCCGGAUGACCUGAGAAAAAUACUGACAUCACCCAAAAACAGGACAAGCAACUUGUUCAUCAUGUGUGGAUCACCACUGGACAUAUUGGAGGUGAAAAAUGGCUCCACAGCUGCAGACAGCAGUGAUAAUCUGUUCAUCCUUAUUGAUCUUUACAAUGAUAAAUACUACACCAACAAAACAUCAAUGCCAUCCAUGAAGAACGUGUUGGUGCUGACGAUGCCCAACACCAGAAACUACACCAUCAACACAGACACAGACAACAACACGAUGAAUGACUACAUGGCUGCGUACCAUGAUGCAGUGCUGCUGACGGGCCAGGUGAUGAGGGAAAUUUCUAAAAAACCUCCGUCGGAGAUUCAGCAGAUGGAGUUUGUCAGCGUGAAUUACUUCAGGAACACCUCCUUUAAUGGAUCUGCUGGAUACUACAGGCUGGACAAGUAUGGAGACAGAGAUGUGAAUCUCUCAAUCAUUUACACCACUACUGACAACAAGUAUCGUGUUUUAUUCACUUUCGACACUGAGUACAACAAAACCAAAGUGGUGGAGACGGACCCGUCCUUCAUCUGGGGAAAAAGACUUCCUGAUUACGGACCAGAUACAGGUCCAGCGUCUUAUAACGUCAUUGUCAUCGUGUUGGCCGUCACCGUGGUUGUGGUGGCCACCAUCGCCUUCAUUUUCUACAGACAGAACAGGAGAGACCGUAUGUUCAGGAAGCGCUGGUCGCACAUCGCCUCUGCUCUCAUCACAGUGCUGGAGAACAACGAACUCAAUGUCGUCUCUCUUAAGAUUGAAGAUGAGAGGAAAGACAAGAACUUCAAGAUCCGCCGGGCGCUCUACGAUAAGAAGAUGGUAAUUUUGAAGGAGCUGAAGCACUCAGAUGGGAACUUCAAUGAAAUGCAGAGGAUAGAACUUAACGCACUCCUCCAGAUCGACUAUUACACCCUCACAAAGUUUUACGGCACAGUGAAGGUUGAUCACGGCGUGUUCGGGGUGUUUGAGUACGGAGAGAGGGGGUCGCUCAGGUAUGUGCUGAAUGACAAGAUUUCAUACCCAGAGGAAACCUUCAUGGACUGGGAGUUCAAGAUCUCCGUCAUGUACGAUAUCGCCAAGGGCAUGUCCUACCUCCAUGCCAGUGACAUCCAGGUGCACGGUCGCCUCAAGUCCACCAACUGUGUGGUGGACAAUCGCAUGGUGGUGAAGAUAACAGACUUCGGCUGCAACAGCUUUCUCAGCCCCGGCAAAGACUUGUGGACAGCUCCAGAGCAUCUGAGGAAACACGGCACUUCUCAGAAAGGAGACGUCUACAGUUUCGCCAUCAUCUCUCAGGAGAUUGUUCUCAGAAAAAGCACCUUCUACACCGAGUGCUGCUCCAAACGAGAAGAGAAGCUGUCCAAGGUCAUCAUGUCCUACUUCAGACCUGAUCUUAACUUUGAGACGGCUUCAGAGAAAGAAGCAGAGGUUUAUAUGUUGAUAAAAAGCUGCUGGGAUGAGGAUCCAGAAAGAAGACCGGACUUUAAGAAGGUAGAAAACUGUCUGGGGAAAAUCAUCAGUAAAAUCCAUAACCAGGACAAUGAGAGCUACAUGGACAACAUGAUCAGACGGCUGCAGAUGUACUCCAGGAACCUGGAGCACCUGGUGGAGGAGAGAACGGCUCUCUACAAAGCUGAGCGGGACAGAGCCGACUGCCUCAACUUCAUGCUGCUUCCUGGCCCGGUGGUGAAAAGCCUGAAGGAGACCGGCGUGGUGGAGCCGGAGCUGUACGAGGAGGUGACGAUAUAUUUCAGCGACAUCGUUGGUUUCACCACUCUGUGCCAGUACAGCACACCAAUGGAAGUUGUGGACAUGCUCAACGACAUCUACAAGGGCUUCGACAGCAUCGUCGACCACCACGACGUAUACAAGGUGGAGACGAUAGGCGAUGCCUACAUGGUGGCCUCUGGGCUGCCAAGGAGAAACGGAAACAGGCACGCGGUGGACAUCUGCUGCAUGGCGCUGGACAUCUUGUCGUUCAUGGGUACCUUCCAGCUCAGACACCUGCCUGGCAUCCCUGUGUGGAUACGCAUCGGCAUACACUCAGGUCCCUGUGCAGCAGGUGUUGUUGGGGUAAAGAUGCCCAGAUAUUGUUUAUUUGGAGACACGGUCAACACGGCGUCUCGUAUGGAGUCAACAGGACACCCCCUGCGGAUCCACGUCAGUCAGCCCACUAUAAAUAUCCUGCAGAGGACGGACUGCAGGUUUGAGUAUGAGAUCAGAGGAGAAACAUAUCUGAAGGGUAAAGGCACAGAGACAACGUACUGGUUAACAGGUGAAACUGGAGAAGACUACGGCCUCCCAACUCCGCCCACAACAGAGAACUUCCACCGGCUGCAGCAGGACCUCGCCCACAUGAUCCUGAUGUGUCUGGAGCGCCGCUCUCGAGGGUCCAUCCGGAGGAAGAAGAGGACGGAGGAAGACAAUGAUCAAGAGUCGGGGGUGGAGUCUGAGAGCGAACAACCGGAGUACCUGCAUCUGGCCACUGUUGAUAACACACUCAGCACCUUCCUGUAGGACAAACCUGAGAGGAGGAAACCAGCAGGUAGAGGCGGAGAGGGAAAGGACACAACUCAUUUUUUUACCAGGUGUUAAAAGAUAAAAACAAAUAUGCAUUGAAAGUAAUGUACAAAACAAGUGCCUUGUGUAAGACCAGAAAGUUUCCUCCAUUUUUACUUGCUUUUUUCGCUCGUUGUUGAACCCUGAGCGCAGCGGCCAUAGGUGUGAAGAUAACAGGGAUGCAACGCGCUUCUUAUACAUUCGAUCAUCCAGACUACAUUCAAGUCAUGUUCUUGUUCAUAUGGACCCGUCUUCUUCAUGUUCUUGUCACUUACAGAGGGUCAUUGACUGUUCAAAUGUGUAAUUUACUUACUGCUUGGUCUAAAAGUAGGUCACAGUGAGCCAAAGAGAUCUUGGGACAACGUGACUUUCACAUUGUUGGAAGGGAACGGUGAACAGAACAAGAGGACAUAAAUUAUUUACAUAGAUUAUGAGUAACACAAAAAUAAAACGCAACAAACAAUACAUGUAGCUGACGCCAAACUGUAGCAGAAGUGACUGUACUUACCAUUACCCAACUUACUUAGCAACCUAAUCAAUAAUUAUGAACCAGGGUUCAGAUCUACAGAUCUACUGUGGCCUGUUUAAAGCUCCAUAUUUUCUUCUUCUUCUGUGUUUUAUUUGAAGUGUUGAUCCAUAAGAAGAUAUAUUUGUGGUUUUAGGAACCAAUAACUCGAUGGACUUUUACAUCUCCUCUCUCAGGCUUCUCUCUGGAGCUCUGAUUGCUUCGUUGUGACAUCAUAAAGUUACUGGAGUCCUGACGGCCCGUUUUAAUGCUCAGUUUCUGAAUACAGGCUGUGUGUGUUUCUCUCUGGACUGAGCGCUUUGAUACUUUCACAGUAUUAAUAUAAAACCUAGACCUGCUUUAUAAUCACAAGAGACAUGGAAAUCUCACUCUAUACAAUAUGCGACAUUUAACAUUUUGCACUGGGAACUUUACUUGCAUGUAUAUUUUAAUGACAUCAGAAGACGACUCCCUUUGACCAUGUGUGGACUAACGUGUGAGCUGAUCAUGAUGAUAAUGUCCGUCCCCAAAAAACAAGAUUUUCGAAACUGUAUUUUAAAGCAAAGGACAAAGUUUUAUUUUUGUUGAGAAUGGUGACAUUCAUUUACAUUAAGUAAAAAAAAAAAAAAAAAAAAAAAAAAAAAAAAAAAAAAGUACCUUCGGUCACUUUGUUUAAGUUGUAUGUUGUUCAGGUCCUGAUGAAUUAAACAUAUUGUUUCUUGAAGCCUGUACAGGUUUAUCUGAGGUCUUACAUUUCAUGUGUCACAUUGUGUUGUUGGUAUACAGACAUGACAGCAGAAAACAGAAACUCCAGCAUCUGAUAAAAGAUAUUUUUCUGCUGACAGAUGUUUUUGUUUUGCACAGAAUAAUGAAAGAUGACUACUAUGUAGAUUUUUACACAUUAAAUACCAUGUGAAAACACACUCUAUUGUACAGCAGAAACCAUUCAUCAAACAGUGUAUAAAUGAAGUAAUUCAGCGUGAUUCCAGCAAACCAACAAAAGGUGACUGAAAAUGCAAAUUGAGGUUUAUAAAACUGACCUAAAGGGUAACACAUUUUCAUUUGAUAGGAAAACUUUAAACUCUAUUCUUGGGGGCUAACGUCAGCGCAACAGCAUUUAUGUGAACUAAGAUUAAAAACUAUAAUAUUCAGUAAACCUGAUGAAUGUAUUUCUAUACACUGUUGAAGAUCAUCAGGUCAGUGAAACAUAAAAAGCUUAAACUUCAAGUAGAAAAAAAAGCAAAGGUCACCCAAAGAUGACAUCGACCCCUCCCCCACAAUAAAAAAAGUCAAAGCCCAAAGUCUUUUUAGUGUAACAUUAAAAAAAAAAAAAAAAAAACCC